ACAUAGCGAUGUUGCUGUGUUUGCUAAAAUGCCACAUAAUGUUCUCUGCUAAUUCUGUGAGUGUUUCCUCUCGCAGCGGCGCUCCUCGUAACGAUGGCAGACACACGGGCCGAUCCCGCCGCGCAGUCGGAGCUGAUGGAUGAGGACGAGCCCUUCUUCAGUAACCUGGACCUCUUCCUCUUCUCGCUCAUCGCCGGCCUGCUCGUCUACUGGAUCAUUUUCCGCAAAAAAGCCGAGCCCAUCCCGGAGUUCAAAAAACUAGAGUCUACGCCUCAAACAACCAGAGAAACCAGUUUUAUUGGCAAGAUGAAGAAAACGGGCAAGAACAUCGUGGUGUUUUACGGCUCACAGACGGGCACGGGUGAAGAGUUUGCCAACAGACUUGCAAAAGAUGCUCAUCGCUACGGCAUGAAAGGAAUGGCAGCGGAUCCAGAGGAAUAUGACAUGAGUGAGCUCUCCCGUCUGACUGAGAUUGAGAACUCGAUAGCGAUCUUCUGCUUGGCCACGUAUGGAGAGGGAGACCCGACCGAUAACGCUCAGGACUUCUAUGACUGGUUACAGGAGGGCGAUGCCGACUUCAGUGGAGUUAAAUAUACAGUGUUUGCACUGGGAAAUAAGACAUACGAGCACUAUAACGCCAUGGGAAAGUAUGUGGACAAGAGGCUGGCUGAGCUGGGAGCCCAGCGGAUCUUUGACCUGGGAAUGGGAGACGAUGACGGGAAUCUUGAGGAGGACUUCGUGUCGUGGAGAGAGCAGUUCUGGCCGGCUGUGUGUGAACACUUUGGAGUCGAAGCGACGGGAGAAGAAUCCAGCAUCCGUCAGUAUGAGCUGAAGGUACACAGCGAUCUGAACAUGAAUAAGGUCUACACCGGAGAGCUGGGUCGCCUCAUGAGCUUCGAGAACCAGAAGCCGCCCUUUGAUUCGAAGAACCCUUUCCUGGCUGCGGUCACUGUGAACCGCAAGCUCAAUAAGGCUGGAGACAGACACCUGAUGCACCUGGAGCUGGACAUCACAGGCUCCAAAAUCAGGUCUGACGCUGUCUUUCUCUCCUCUCAGGCGCUGUACCAGAGCUGGGUGCUGGACUCCUGCAGGAAUAUUUUGGCUAUUCUGGAGGAUUUGCCGUCUCUGCGGCCUCCCAUCGAUCACCUGUGUGAGCUCCUGCCUCGACUGCAGGCCCGCUACUACUCCAUCGCAUCCUCCUCAAAGGUUCAUCCCAACAGCAUCCACAUCUGUGCUGUAGUGGUGGAGUACGAGACCAAGACAGGCCGGGUCAACAAAGGAGUCGCCACUAACUGGCUGAAGAGCAAGAUGCCAACCGACAACGGACACAAGACCACGGUGCCCAUGUACAUCCGCAAGUCUCAGUUCCGCCUGCCCUUCAAGUCCACAAACCCGGUUAUCAUGGUCGGCCCGGGAACUGGCAUCGCCCCCUUCAUGGGCUUCGUUCAGGAGCGCGGCUGGCUCAAAGAACAAGGUAAGGACAUUGGAGAGACAGUGUUGUACUAUGGCUGCCGUUACAAGAACGAGGACUUCCUGUACCAAGAGGAACUGGAGGAGUUCGAGAAGACUGGGGUUCUGACGGCACUCAAUGUAGCUUUCUCCAGAGACCAGGCCGAGAAGGUGUACGUGCAGCAUCUGCUGAAGAAGAACAAGGAGGCCGUCUGGAGGCUGGUUCACUCCGACAACGCUCACAUCUACAUCUGCGGAGACGCGCGUAACAUGGCUCGCGACGUCCAGAACGCCUUCUACGAGAUCGCCGAGGAGCUGGGAGGACUGAGCCGCGCGCAGGCGGUGGAUUACGUCAAGAAACUCAUGACUAAAGGACGCUACUCGCAGGACGUCUGGAGCUAAUCCAGCUCGCUCCCUUCCCCUUCUGUACAUUCCUGAUGUGUGCUUUCAUUCCUACGAGUCUGUCAUCCUUCAGAAAGAAAACACUGGCACACACGACCUCGUUCUAAAAUGAAUUACCUCACGUGUAGAAUCGUGAUCUUAGCCUACUAAUCAAAUACAUAUGCAUGAGACGUUAUAAUCAAAAAUACGGUCAUUUUUAGUAUCCACCAGACACUGUGCAGAGCUGGAUUAAUGCUGUAGCGCUACUUUGAGACUUAAACUAUGAACUGGAUGAAAGUGGUUUUAAACAU